AUGCUCGAAAUUCAGAAUAGUUUCGAGUUCGAAAAUGCAUUGACCGAGAACCAGACUCAUUUAUGGGUGUGGCGCUCCGAAGCUUCCGGCUUGAAGACGCUCCGUGUGACGGAUCAGGUAGGCCUCUCUGCCAUUGAGCUGAAGCUGUGCAUCGAGCCAUACAAUGCCACGCAAAACGUCACCAUUCUUAUCGACGACAUCCGGUACUCCAACGACGGGCCCUCGGACCUCAUCGUGCUGCGGUUCAACGGUAUCACCAUUGGCAACUUCACGACGUUGGAGAAGUGGCGUAGCGGGCACGAGUGGAACGUGUUCCGAAACUCCGGGAAUAUUGGCCCGGCCCUUAAUUUGCGCAAGGGAACAUAUACUCUCGUGCUGUACCCGCUCACGGAUCAAUGGGGCGUGGAGUUUGACAGGAUACGUGUGAAUGCGGAGAACCAGAAUCCGGAUCCGGAGAAAAAGUUGUUUUGUGGCGCUUCUUUCUUCGUUGCUCAGUAG